AUGUUGUUCACACUCGAAACAAAACAAGUCAAGGCUCAUCCAACAAGAGCUACAGGCAGUACAUUGGUUGCCAAAGACGCUGAGGAUUUGACUAUUGUGUAUAACAAGUACAAAUCUAAUCGUCCUCGUUCUAAGUCUCAAUUGUGUUUCAACUUGGUGUUUUGCCACGGGACUGGGUUCAACAAAUCAGUAUGGAACUAUUUAAUUAAGGUGUUGUACCAGAUUUCACAAUCAGGUGAUGCUCCUUGGCACUUGGACACUGUAAUUGCCAUGGAUGCCAUUGGACAUGGUGAUUCAAGCUUGGCAAACGAAGGAAAAUUAGGUGGUGUUUAUAUGUGGGAUGAUGGUGCUAAAGACGUUAAUGACAUUAUAAAACACGAAAUAGCCACCACAGGAGAUAUGGAGAAUAAUUUCGAGACCCGAACCGUUAUUAUUGGUCAUUCGAUGGGUGGGUUUAUUGCUUUGUACGCAGCAUUUUUGGAGCCAGCACUCUUUGACGCAGUUGUAGCUAUAGAACCGGUUAUCUAUAGAACAAACGAAACAGAAGCAAGAUUCAAUAAACUGUUUAAAAAGUUAAUCGGUUUAAUGAUGGAUGCUUUUGAUACUGAACAAGAUGCCAGAGACUAUUUCGAAAAGUACUCAUUCACCAAACGUUUCCAGCCUGAUGUAUUGCAGGAUUACAUUGCUGAUGAAAUUUACAAGACAAAGAAUGAGGAGGGAAAUAAUGUGUAUAAAACCAAGUGUCUGAAGGUGAGCCAAGUCAGAACAUACUUGAGCUCUUUCUUGUCUAUUCCAAAAGGUAUGUUGGCGUUACCUUCGAUUAGGGUCCCCGUAUUCCAUGUUGUUGGAGGGGAUGCUAACUGGAAUGCACGAGAAAGUGUAGAGUGGAUUCGUUCUGCCAUCCGGCCAGAUAUGCUAGCAGGGGCUACAAAUAUCGAAAAGGGACAACAUUUAGUAAACUCUGAACAACCAGACGAAGUGAUAAAGAUUAUCAAUGAUGCUUUGGUAAAAAGAGACCAAGAUUUCAAAAGCACACUAUCAACGAUUCCAGAAAUUGGGUUAAAGGGCGAUAGAAAAACCCUCCGUGACCAACAAUAUAAUUCACUUUUGAAUCUUGACUUGGAUAACGUUUACGGGUUUGAUACUAAGAAACAUCUGCCAUUUGAUACGAGUGUGAAAAAAGCUAACAGCAAGUUAUAG